AUGCUUGUGCCCGACUUUACGCACGAGUUUGAGUUGGGAGUAUGGAAGGCAACCCUUGCUCAUCUUCUCCAAAUUUUGUACUCAUAUGGAGGUACUGCUGUGCAAGAUCUCAAUGAGCGGUAUCGUCUUGUACCAACAUUUGGCCACGACACCAUCCACAAGUUUAGUGACCAUGUGUCAGGUCUUACAAAACUCACAGCGCGUGAUUUCGAAGACCUGCUUCAGUGUGCGAUGCCAGUAUUUGAUGGUCUUCUACCGGAACCAUUCAACAACUCAAUCCUCAACCUUCUGUUUGAGCUAGCCACCUGGCAUGCAUUCGGGAAGCUUCGUAUGCACACGGAGACGACACUCUAUCAUUUUGACAACUGUACAACAAGGCUAGGAAAGGCUCUUCGGCGAUUCCGUGACAACACCUGCACAAAAUUUGCUACUCAUGACUUGCCACGUGAAACAGCUGCUCGUGCAUGGUGUCGGUGUCUUAAAGCAUCUAAAGGAAAGACAAAAUGGUCAGAAGGAACAAAUACUGAUGCUGAAGGUGAUGGCCCCUCCAAGCAACAGCUCCUCAACCUCUUGACUUACAAACUCCAUGCUCUUGGAGACUACAUCAAGUCGAUCUGGCAGUAUGGGACUAUGGACAACUACUCUACACAAGUGGGCGAACUUGAACAUUGCCAAGUCAAGCGCUUUUAUGCAUGGACCAACAAGAAUAAGUUUGUCUGUGGAAUUGCAAGACUUCAGCGUCGUGAGCGCAUUUUGCAAAGGAUGAAAGAGGUGAACCAUGAAAGGGCAGCUGCACAAGAGAAUCACGCACAGCCUGAGACCGAAGAUCUCUGUCCAUCUCUUCAUUUCAUUGACCAGGACCCACUGCUGCAUUGCUCGCUGGAGAUACACUACCAGAUGUCCUCAUCACAGAAACAUUACUGGGAUAUUUCUUCCUGGCUUGGAAAGAACAGAAAUGACCAGGCCACAAAGAAUUUUCUUCCGCAUCUCAAAGAUCAUCUGCUGGGUCGCUUGUCAGGACUGGACUAUGAUGGAGACGAGACUUCAUUUAUGCUUCGUGUGAACUACACUACCUAUGACUUGCGGCGUGCUCAGGACUCCCUCAAUCCCCGCACACAUGCAGACAUCAUGGUUCUUGCUCGUGACCAGGAAGACUCCCAUCCAUACUGGUAUGCUCGAGUUAUUGGAGUGUUUCACGUCAAUACCCGCUACAUGAGACCAGGUGCACAUCCCUCUAUAAAGCGCGUUGACUUUUUGUGGGUUGGGUUUUACGAUGGAGAUGAUGAAUCAGCAUUUGGGUUCCUUGAUCCUGACCUUGUAGUUCGUGGUGUUCAACUUAUCCCAGCCUUUCGAUAUCAACGUACAACUGCUCUGUUGGGACUGUCCAUUGCUUGUCAAGCAGCUGACAAGGAUGAGGAUUGGGACUGGUACUGCAUCAACAUGUUUGUUGACCGAGAUAUGUUCAUGCACUUCCGUGGAGGAGGUGUCGGGCACAAAACCACACGGAGAGAGACAUCCUGCUUGCUUGACGAUCAGGAUGACCUGGAUAACAGUCCAUUUCAACAGGAGAAAGAGCGCCAUCUACCCAGGUUUGACAAGGCCUUUGAAGGAGAUGAGGAUAUGGAUGAGCAUGAGGAUGGAGACAAGGUGGGUGACAGUGAGGAGGAAGCAGAUGAUAGCGAGGAGACAGACAGCAUGGACGGCGAGGAUGGGGAUGAAGUUCCAGCUCCCUUUGAAGUGAUGGUAGACAACACUGUUGCCGACGAGAUGGACGAAUACGGUUACUCUGGCCUUGAUCAAGUCCUCGACGAGGAUGGUGCAGGUGAAGAAACUAACAAUGAUGUUGAUGACUUUGGUCCGGAAGAUGGGGAGGAUGUGAUGAAAGAGUUUGAGGAGGAUAGCUUUGCAGACUUAUAA